AUGGUGCGACCCGUGAACCGCGCGUCCGUGAUGAUCGCACUCUUGACUCUGUUCGUCAACCAAGUGUCUUCUAGGCUGUGCAAUGGGGGGCAUGUCUGCUCUCCUCCAAAAUACUGCUGUUCCUUUGGCUGUUGUUACGGAGCAUUCCAACUGCACACUGUAUCAGACAUGUUUAAUUUCUUGAUUUGGACUUAUUGGUACUUAUGGACAGCGGUGCUUAUCGGGAUAGCCCUAGCGGCUGCAUGCGGUUGCUGGCUAUGGAAGCGUCAUCAUUCUUUCCGUCACUCGUGGUCACCGGGAAUGGUGGAUUUCCUUUCUUCCCACAGAGGUUCUUCGGUGUCCUGGUAUUCGCCGCCUCAUUACAGCCGAUCCAGUUCCUUCGUUCAGGCAUUACCACCUCCUUACAAUGAGGUAACGGCGAAACCGAACUUGUAUCCGCUGGUCAUCGGAUACGACGAGGAAUCUGGUAAAGGGACCUCGGGAUUCGUGAUGCGUUACUUCAGAUCGCUGUCGCACGCGAGCACACUGGAUUCGUUGGGAUCGAGUUUUAUGUGCAACAUGGUGAAUGAGGCGAAUACCAUAAUACCGCCGCCGUAUUCGUGUAACGACAGCGUCGACGAGCUGUCCGGCGUCGAGUGUGCCAGGAUGGAGAACACAGACGUUGGAUCGGUCGUCUCGCUUGCCAAUCAUAGGACUACCUCUGACAUAUCGAGUUUAGCUGCUCAAUCUCCAUGCUCGCCACCGCGGGCUACCAGUCCGACGAUAGAGUUACGCGAGCUGCUAGAUAAAAUUCAACAAUUGCCUCAACUACCCGGCGGUCACAGUACCGUAUUGUCUUGCUAUCAGAACCGGCCUCAAGUCUUGUGCACGACGAACGCGACGAGCGUCUCCGGCCAACGUCCUCUGAGCCCGGGAGACGUCGGCUCUUAUAGGACUAGAAGGGCGCGAGGGAAAAUGUACAUGCCGUUGGGUCUGCCGAAUUCGAAGAGCAAAGUGAAGCGAUGGCUGUCGCGAUCGGCGCCGACGACCCCGUCGGGCACGGUGCCGAUGUCCUUCCUGCCCGGGCAGAGCAGGCGGCCCUCGGACACGGACAGCAACGGCCGACAGGUGGUCCCGUUGCUCUCGGAACAGGACGAGACCGAGAGCAACAACGUGGACCAGUCCAAUCGCAUCCCGUUGUUGCCCGAACACGAGGACGAACGGCAAGAGACAUGACGAAUCGUCUGACAGGCGUCUAACGUAAUUACGAGAUCUAUCUCACAUAACCAUACCCCAAGUAAUUUACCAUAUAUUUUUUAAACAUGGCUGGUAAACUCCUUAUUGCAAACUUAACGCCGAAAAGUGGAUACGCGUGUUGCGUGAAAAGGCUUGGGCAAUUGAUUUCGUCCAGAUAUCGCCUACGCUGUUAGAAAAUAACAAAACCGUUCAGAAGCUGUGACCUAAUUUUUCCGUUCCACAGACAGCCGACGCGAUGUAACAGCGCCGACUUUUCGUUAUUUCUAUAGUAUUUCGAGCCGGACCGACGCGCGAUAGAACGGUAACCGACAUCGUUACGUACUCUUCUAAGCUCGGUGAAUUAGCGUACAAUUACAACUAGGCAAAACACGAAACACGAAGAACACAUACAUAUAAUAUAUAGGUACACGAGACGUUACGGUAAAAUAGGUUUUACAUAGACUCGUAUUUAAAUAUUGCUUGUCGAAACCUCGGUCAGACCGUGUAUUUUAUACAUCGAAUUUUAUUUGUUGCCUAAACGUUGACGUACAACUGGCCGAGUGCGAGCCGUACGAGACGAGGUGAUCAACUUACAAUUAGCUGUCUCUCAUCGCGAUAAAUUUUAAUCGUAACGCCAGUAAAUACAGUGUCCAUCCAGAAACAGCCAGCCAGAAACGAUGAAGUUAAGGACAAUAUAUAAUACGAGUUAAUUAAACGUAGUUCGAGCGUGAACGAAUAGUCGAAGGGCAGAGGCUCAUCGGGUAGGGCAACUUGACGGACGAAGCACAACGAUCGCGAAGUCAUUUUGAUCGAUGCGAGAUCGAUAUUAUAUUUCAUGUACUUACACGUAACGAGUCGACGAGGGCGAGAUCCAUAUAAGCGCCGAACAGUUCUAGGAUGGAACAAUGAAUCCGCCGUGCCACCCGCGGGAGAUCGGCCCGUUCAUAAUCAUAAAGUUCGAACGAAUAUUUGUUACGGUCACAGAAGUUAUGCGUACUUACAUUGGACGAGAAACACGGCGACUUUGACAACUGUACCGCUCGUUUUCUCACGACAUGCAGAUACACACACGUACACACACGCCCCAUGUAUUAACAUGUAUUUUUUUAUAAAUCGGAUACGAAAUAAAUCCAAGCUUUUACGAAA